AUGCACCGAGCUAUGAGUGCGCUACCCCGUUCUGCCGGCUCAUCGGUGUUACGAUCAGGCCUCGCGCAACCGGCGCGUCUGGCUGGUGGCCGACGCUUCCUUCACGCCGCACGUUGUCCGCCGUUCGCUUCAUCUCCGGCGCCGGCCAUCUUUGCUGUGCGUCAAGAUUCACGCGCACCCCAUGCUGCGAACCCUUCGUCACAACAGCGCCACAUCUCAGCCUCUAGCUGCUCCCUUUCUACCGCCAAAUCCGGAAAGAACAAAUCCACUACCCCCGUCGAACGAUACGAGGAGCUGGUGCAAUCCGGCGUGCUCAGAGACGACGCUCACCAGCGUUCCAUCAUCAAGGUCCUCCAAUCGCUGCAUGAUCAACUCAGAACCUACAAACAAGCCGAGGUGCCAGAUCCAGAAGAGCACUUGCAAGCCUCAAAGGGUCUGCUCUCGUGGCUACCCUUCGGCAAGGAAAGAACGCAACAGAUUCCUCCCAUUUCUGAGGACGUUCCCAAGGGCUUAUACCUGUACGGCGAUGUGGGCACGGGCAAGAGCAUGCUCAUGGACCUGUUCUACGACACGCUCCCAUCCAAUGUCACCGCCAAACGUCGCAUCCACUUCCACCAGUUCAUGAUCGAGGCACACAAACGCGCCCACUUCUACAAGUCCAAGACGCACAAACCAUCGGGCAUCGUCAUGAUGAUGUCGUCUGGCAACUUUGGCUCCUCUUCCUCUUCUUCUUCGUCAUCCAGCAGCAGUAGUGCCGCUAAUGCAGGCGAGGAGAGCGAUGCCAUCGAAGCCGUAGCACGCGAGAUGGCGCACAACCACUCGGUGCUGUGCUUCGAUGAGUUCCAAGUGACCGACAUUGCCGACGCCAUGAUCCUGCGUGGCUUGCUCGAACGCAUGCUCGCCUACGGUGUCGUUAUGGUCAUGACGAGCAACCGACACCCGGAUGAGCUCUACAAGAACGGCAUUCAGCGCCAGUCGUUCCUUCCCUGCAUCGACCUGCUCAAGUCGCAAUUCCGCGUUACCGACCUCAAUUCGGGCACCGACUAUCGCAAAGUCCCGCGUGCGCUGUCCAAGGUCUACUUCUCCCCGCUGGACGAUGCCAACACGCGUGAGUUCGACAAGCUCUUUGAAGCAGCCACCUCGGAUCCCCACGACCCCGUCGUCGAAAACCGCCCACUCAAGAUCUGGGGUCGAACGCUGCAGGUGCCGCAGUCGACGCAGAAAGUCGCACGCUUCACGUUCGACGAGCUGUGCGGCCGCCCGCGCUCGGCCGCCGACUACAUCGAGAUCUGCAACAACUUUGGCACCAUCUUCGUCGACAGCGUACCCCGGAUGGGCCUCAACCAGCGCGAUCUCGCCCGGCGCUUCAUCACGUUUAUCGACGCGGCGUACGAGAGCAAGACGAAACUGCUCGCGUCGAGCGAGGUGCCCAUCCUGCAGAUCUUCUCGGGCGACGCGGGCAAAUCCAAGCCGACGCCCGACCAGAUGCGCUCCCUGAUGGACGACCUCGGCCUGACCAUGGACGACAUCGGCGGCUCGCCCAUCUUCACUGGCGACGAAGAGCUCUUCGCCUUUGCACGUGUCAUCUCUAGGCUGACAGAGAUGGGCUCCAGACAGUACGCCGAGACCGCCGGCAUCGCUGCCGGUGCCCCGCCCGAAUAUUAG